AUGGCCAACGAAUGCGCCCGAGGGGCACUCCGAGGGGAAGAGGAGCGGAUUUUCGACCUUGCUGCCGAGACGUGCACACCCAAGCAGUGGGCCGGGUUGAUGCAGCCUUUCCUCGAGCAUGCCGCGGGUCGGGGACAUGAGCAUCUGACCAGAAAGCUGGUGGAGGCAGGGGCAGAGAUCGGGACCGCCGUGCACGCGGCUGUUCGAGGAGGGCAUUGUGAUAUAACGGAGUUUCUGCUGGAGAGCGGGGCGUCUGCGAGCGCCAGCGAUGAAGAGGGCCUCACCCCUCUCCAUGUCGCCGCUGAAGCUGACCAAGGGGAGAUCGCACGGUUGUUGCUGCUGCGGGGGGUUGACCAAGACUCCUCGAGCUACGAAGGCCGCACGCCGCUAAACUGCGCGGCAUGUCUUGGGCAUGCCGGUAUGGCGGAGGUUCUCUUGUCUGCCGGUGCCGACAUCAACCGACGCUACGGUGAUCGCGAGAUCUCGGCACUCGAUAUCGGGGCUGGCGAAGGCCAUGUCGACUUCAUCAGGACCUUGAUCGAACACGGAGCGGACGUCGAUGCCACUAAUUACGGCGGCGUGGCGGCCCUCCAUCACGCCACUGCCAACAACAAGGUGGAGGCGAUGGAUGUGCUCUUGCGAGCUGGAGCCAACGCCCGAUCGAUGUCUGAGAGUGGACAUACCGUGUUGCAUAUGGCGGCGAUCACGCGGACCCGCACCGAAGCCGCUACCCUUGCCGUCCUGCUAAAGCACGGCGCAGAUGUCAACGCCCAGACGGUGGGGGGAACUUCGGUGUUGGAGUACGUUGCGACCAGGGCUGGCAAACAGGGCAUCGUGGAGGUGGUCGACCUCCUGCUGAGGUGGGGCGCAGACGAGACGCACGUUGCCGGAAACGGCAUGCGAGCCGCUGAUGCGAUUGGCAUGAAGGUGCCAGAGGAGGACCGCAUACCCGAAGAAUUCGAAGGCGUGCGCAAGCUCUUGGCGAACGCUCCCGCGGACAGGGCAUGGCGACGCCGGUGCUCGCUGGUGUUGUGCCGCGCUCGACCCGACAAGAUGCAACUGAGUAGCGACCGGAUAGCAAGGUUGGAGGCGAGGGUAUUGGGGUUAGUAGAAGAGGGCAUUUUUCGUACGAUCGUGAGGUUCAUUUGAAAGUUGAAAUAGGUAUGGUCACCUGCUGUCUGCAGGCGCCCGUAAGCGCACGGCUUCCAUUUAUAGCACAGAACACAGAUCUUGCGCGUAGGUGUCGUGGAACCCGGCAUUCUGAGGUUAUUGUUUGGUAGCAUGUUGGAGCAUGCCUUCGGUCCACGUCAUUGAUCUCGAUGUAUCUACUCCUCCUGGUUCCUUCCUGUAGAGAAGAGCAGAUACUGCGAAACGCUUAGCUCGUAUCGCAUUUGUCCUGCCACCUGUACAGGCCUACCGCAUUAUGAGACCAACUUUUUUUCUGCCGGUGGUGCUUUUGCUUGCAGGUUGGCGUCCGAAGGGACUUUCAUACUUAAGCGUAGGAGUUGUCCACGUAAAUCGUGCAUCCAGCCACGGGGUUUCGUAUAUCCCCAACCGUGAUGUGUACAAGUACAUGUUGCCUGUUUUUCUCAAACCCCAGGCAUGAGUCAUCAACUCUCUUGUCACGAGAGGUCUCGGUACAUGGAAAGUCUUCCCCACACGUGUAAUGAACCUGGGCAAAGCAGGGAUUUGCCCCACAAAUCGGUUUUAUCGGCUAGCUGUUCAUAGGUUUCCGGCAGAGGGCCUGCGCAGGCAAGCGCGUGGAUAGUCUUGCGAACACUGCUGUGCCAUACUCGUUGGAAAUUCGACGUAUGCAUAUGAACACCAUGUUGUUGUUUGAGUCCCAGGACGCUCGCGCAAGC